GCACCGGGUUUAAACCCGGUGCUUUGGUAAAAACCCAAUAAACACCCAUAAACUCCCAUAAUCACCCAAAAAAAUAGGUUUUUACGUAUUUUUUUGAAAAUAUGUAAGUAAUACCAAUAAAUUAUUUUUAUAAAUUGUAUUGAUCAAUUCUACAAUAUUAAAUAAAACGUUAACUAAUAAUAUUUCAGGAAAUUUUAAAAAUCUAUAUAUAAUAAAAUGAAAGUAAUUAAUUUUCAGUGUUUUCAUGUUGCAGUUGAUCAACAUGUUGGCCUUUUGCUUCCCGUAGAUACUUUAAAAUUUCUUCAUAACACCUCGUUCGCACACAUGGCCGUAUAUAUUUAAAUUCUUGAGCCACUAACAGUCCGAAAUACUCAUUUCUUUUAUCCUCUUCUCCAUAAAUUAAGCAUUUAGAACAGUUUGUUUCUUCUUUCAGUAAAUUUUCUUUUACUUUAUCCUCGUUUUUUUUCUUUGUUGCGACGACGCUGGGUAAAUCAUCUGGACACUGGGUCUCACUAUCGCCAAAUAUAUUUGGAGAUCGGCUUCGGCUACGGCUUGGCAGACAUUUUUUUCUUUCUACAAUUUUAAAUUAAAUUUAUUAGAAUAAAUGCUUCGAACACACGCGAUCUAAGUACCUUUUGUGUUUAUUAUACCUUACCUACCUAGGUAUAAAAAGAGUACUUACGUAGAUUUUCUUUUAUUAACUGUUUUAUACGAAGAUCUUGAUCUCUCAAAUUAGCAUCCAUUUUACUUCCAGUGAUUAUCAACUAAAUUAAUAAUCCACAAAGUAUUAAAUAACGUUUUUAUGAAAUAUUUAGCACAAAAACAAUACCCUUUAAAUAUCGAUCGUCAGUAACUGUGGCUGACUUACCUAUAUUCUAGCAAGCAGGACUGCCAGAUGUGAAGGGGAAAUCCCCAAUAAAUUGUUGCAUGUGACUGAUGAUGUGAGCAUGUUCGUUUCAUAAUAAAAAUGUUGCCAGGUAACCAAAAAGUCGUAUGUUUUUGUGCGAAUUACGAUCAUAAUCUUUACGAUCGUACAUUAAAAAAUAGACAAAUAAUAGUAUGAGUACGAUUUAAAUCGUAUAUCUGUCAACCCUGCUAGCAAGACAGCGACAAAAUCACGUUGCAUAACAAUGUAGCCCAAGCUUAUAUCUUAUGAAAUAUACGGAAGAGAUACGGACUUAGAAAAAACAGAAAUGUUGUUCUUUGUGGAAGUCAUUGAUGAAAUUCUAUGUAUUUUAGCCCGCAAACUUUCUUCAAACAAAAACAGCGCCAUCUAGUAUCGAGUUCUGUAAUUAUCUCUUUGUUUAUGGAUUUGAAGUAAGACCGCCACGCAUGCAAUACAUUAUGACUGGGGAUUCCCCUAUUCGUCGACGCUGAAUAUGAGGCGACGACAAUCACUGUCAAACGUGUUCACUAUUACUCUGACUCUGGUAACGUGACUUCCUGGUAACGUGUUAGGUAGGAAAAGCAGUAAAAAAGUGCAUAUUAAGGGAGCAGAUUUGAAAUAAUAUUUAUACUUAACAAGAAAUAAUUAAAGGUUCAAUGGGGAGACCUAAAGAUUUACGCAUAUGGGAGCACUACCGUACUUUACCAAACAAGUCUGUUUCUUGCAAGCUUUGUAAUAAGGUCUACAAAUUCAGUAAUGCUGCCAAAAUGCUUCAACAUCUUAUCACUUGUCCAAAAUCUCCAGAAACAUUAAAAGACUCUAUGAAACUUAUAAAAGAUAGCUCGUCCAAAACCAAAAUGUCUGGACUGUCAGAGAUAGAGACAAAUGAUUCUUUUAUAAGCCCCUCGUCGUCUGCUAACACUACAAUAAAUGCUGAGUUUCAAGACACCGAUGAUCAUAUAAAAACAGAAUUAGCGAGAGCUAUAUUUGUAACAGGGACGCCAUUAUCGAUGGUGCAACAUCCUUUAUGGAUACAAUUUUUCGAAAAAUUGCAACCAAAAUUUAAAAUACCUUCACGUAAAGCUUUAGCGACAAAAUACUUAGAUAAAAUAUAUAGAGAAAUGCGUUUUGAGUUAAAUGAGGAACUAAAUGCUUGUAGUUACUUACACCUUCAGUGCGAUGGCUGGUCUAAUUUAAGAAAUGAAGGAAUAAUAAACUUUCUUAUAUCAAAACCUCAACCUGCAUACGUUAAAAGUUUGAAUACAGAAAGUAAUCCUCACACUAGUGAAUACCUUAGCCAAGAAGUUGAAAAAGUAAUGAAAGUGUAUGGAGCAAAUAAGUUUCUUGUACUUAUUGGCGAUAACGCUAGAAAUAUACAAAAGGCAUUCGAAUUAACAAAACUCAAAUAUCCACAUGUUGUUCCUCUCGGUUGCUGUGCACAUAUCCUUAACUUGUUGUGCCAAGAUAUUGUAAAGAUACAAGAAGUAACUGUGUUUAUUAUGCAAGCCAUAAAUAUAAUAAAAACUGUUAAAAGGAGUCAACGAUUAAGUUCCUUGUUGAUAAAAUCAAGGCAGGGUGAAGAUUCUACACAAACACUAAAAUUGCCUUGUGCUACAAGAUGGGGAAGUCAUGUUACUUCGUUAAAAAGUUUGAAAGCAAAUAAGAUAGCUUUGCAAAUAUUAACAGUUAGAGAAGAUGUGGUAAUUUCAAGAGAUAUUAAAGAUUUAAUUCUAAGUGAUGAUUUCUGGACGAAGACAGGGGAAUGUAUAAGUAUUUUGGAACCAGUCACUGAAAGCAUAUUUUACUUAGAGAGCGACCAGAAUCGUUUGCAUCGCACAUACAUUACAUUUAGAGAUGUACAAGCUAAGAUACGUUUUGCAUUAAAUGAGAUUUCGACAUUGAGCGAAGAAAGCAAACAGCAGAUUCUAACAUCAGUAUCUUCAAGAUGCAAUAUGGCAAUGAGGCCAAUACAUUUUGCAGCAUAUAUUCUAGACCCCAGGACUCUAGGAGUCGAACUUACUCAAGAGGAAGAACUUAAGGGUAUGGAGUUUAUCUACAAUUUAAGCCAACACUUAAGUUUGUCAAAUGUAAUGGCAGAUUUGGCGUGUUAUAAAGCUAAAGAAAACUUUUGGGCCAGAGGAUUUGUAUGGAGCUCAUUAGAUAGCAUUGAGCCCCUAAUAUGGUGGAAAGGUAUUUGUGGUUCCACUGAGUUAAGCAAAGUAGCGAUUCGUAUUCUAUCAGCUCCCUGUACUUCGGCAGCCACUGAGCGUUCCUUUAGUAUCCAAGGCUACAUACAUAAUAACAAAAGAAAUCGACUUACAACUGAAAGAACUGAAAAAAUUUCAUUCAUUUGUUAUAACUGGAAUCUUAAACAUAAAGCUGAAUGCGAGGACAUUCAGUUUAAUGAAGAAAAUACCUUAGAAGCUUUCAUUGAGCAAGUAAAUGAACAUAACAGUUUAGACGAAAUAGAGCCUAUCGAACCUAUACAAUUCAUCGCUUGUAAUAACUCUGAAUCUGACAGUGAUUGACUGUAGUUUUACAUUUUACUUUCAUCUCUUUCUUAAUAAACUCAAAAUCAAAUUAAAAGUUUUUUAUUCUGUAGGCUGCAUAAUAAUAUUGUCUAUGUCCAGUAUAGUGGACGUCUUGCGGCUGAGAUGACGAUGAUGAAGUACAAAAUCAUAAACACCCAAAAAUUUGGGUGUUUAUGGGGUUUAAACCCAAUAAACCCAAAACACCCGGUUUUUACCCACCAGACUUUAAACCCACCCAGGUGGAUUGCCCAUC